UAGUCUGUUUUAGGUGAAAGAGUGAGACGCAGUUGGCUCUAAAUUUGUAUUUAGCUCAUACAAAUAGUUCACUUUCGUUCCAUUAAAAUUUCUGUUCUUCUUAACUCUCUUUAUUGUUGAAAUUAGUAACACAAUUUAGUUACAACAAAAUUUAUGAACCGAAAAAAAUUUGUUCGUGUUUUUUUAACCACAUGAUUUGGAAAUAUCUAUGGGAAAAAUAAAUUGAGAAACUCUAUAUCACCUAAUUAACACAAACUACAACUGAGAAAAUAUUAAUGAAAAAGUUCAAGAAAGUUAUUAAGUGUAUGUGUCACUCAUAAACAGUGAAAAAUUUAUGAAAUUUUAAAAUACAAAAAACAUUCGAAAUUUAAAGAAUUUUGAAGUAAUGCCAUUGUUUAAUAAAAAACCUAUUAAAACAAACUCUCCAACAAACACAGCUGCAAUUGUAAACCAGAAUGUAAAUGAACACAAUCCCAUGCAACCAGCGCAAGUAGUUCCAUCACCUAUUAAGCCUUCAGCUCCUAGUCUUGUUUUUCACUGUCAACUCGCUAAUGGAUCACCAACAGGUUUAAUCACAGGAUUUUCAAGUGUCAGAGAGCUUUAUCAGAAAAUUGCUGAAUGUUACGACUUUUCAGUAGAUGAGAUCCUUUUUUGCACAUUAAAUUCACACAAAGUUGACAUGUCCAAACUCCUUGGAGGUCAAAUUGGAUUGGAUGACUUCAUUUUUGCGCACAGAAAAGGGAGACCAAAAGAAAUUGAAAUUAAUAAAUCAGAAGAUGCCCUAGGACUAACAAUAACCGACAAUGGUGCUGGCUACGCUUUUAUUAAAAGAAUAAAAGAAGGAAGUAUCAUAGAUAAAAUCCAGUAUAUUCAAAUUGGGGAUCAUAUCGAGAAGCUUGAUGGAGUUAGUGUUGUUGGCAAACGCCAUUACGAAGUUGCUCGACUGUUAAAAGACAUUCCUACAGGAACGAUGUUCACAAUGCGUUUGGUUGAACCAAUGAAGAGUGGAUUUCAAACAAUAGCACCUCGAAGCACGAAACUUAUAAACAAGAAAAGUUAUGGUACUGGUAAAGAAACUUUGAGAUUCAAGGCAAAUGGAAAUGCUGCUAUUGAAGAUGAGCAUGACGAUAAUACGCAACUAGGAAUUGAAGCCAUAAACGUUCUACUCGAUUCAUUUUUUGGAAUCAACGAUAAUGAGUUGGCUGUUCAAAUUUGGGAUUUGGGAGCAAAUAAAACAAAUUCUAUGGACUUUGCUGAAUCAAUUGACAAUUCGGAUUUAGAGGCUUUCGGAUUCACUGAUGAUUUUAUCAUUGAUCUAUGGGGUGCAAUCACAGACGCAAGACAAGGAAGAAUUAAACGAUUAAAUGAAACAAAUUACGGUUUUCAGACUAUUGAUUAAAUCAACAUCAGACGUAUAAAUAUUACAUCAAUUCAAACAUGGUUGAAGAAUUAAACGAUAAUAUUAUGUGAUGGAAUACAAAGUCUGAGAACUUUUGUAAUAUUAAAUAUUUUCGCUACAAAAUUUAUAUUUUUAUUCAAUUUUUUUUUGAAUAGGUUUGAAUGAAAGUUCAUUUGAAUCUGCAUUUAAUUAUUGAAUUAAACUUGAAGACUUUUUACUAUUAAAACAUU